AUGGCGACGUCGUCCGGCAGUGUGUUUGGGGCGACGCUCAAGACCAUCACAACCACCAAGCUCGAAGAACUUGCGAAGCAGCGCGCAGUAUUUGAAGAAGAGUAUGCUGCACUCAUCACCGCCGCGAAAGCCGAAGCAGACCCACUGAAGCGCGUAUGUCUUCUUCUCGAUGGCUCGAAAACUUGUUUGGGCUUCCAGACGGAGAAGAAAACCAAGGAUGGGCGAGUUGGUCGAGUUAUCAGCGGAACAUCCAGGAACCUUCGUCUCGAGACUGAUCUCAAGAACCUCGAUCGCUUCGUCGAACAGGCCCGCUUCGAUCCCUCUGUGUCGAAUAAGGUCCUCUCAGAUUGGGAACAGACCCUUCUACGGUAUCUUUCCAUUCAGUCGACCAAGUACCAGUACGCCGACCUCUACGGCAAGCUCGUCACUGAAUGGCUUUCUUCUGAAAAGUCUACAACAGACGAUGGCGAUGUCGAAAUGGGUGAGAGCUUCGAAGAAGUGCCUGGUGCUAAAAAGCUGGCGUCCCGCGCCGCAUGGGAGAAAGACGUCUUCCAAGCGGCCGAAGUAGACGAGCAAGCACUGAGGUCCUAUCUUGAUGAGUUGUUUCAGGCGAACAAGAAAGACAGCUCCGCUGCCAUUCGCGAGCUGCGCAAGACAGUCGAGAACUUCGAGGCUAAUCUGAACUAUUCGACACCGUUCAACCCCACUAGCCUUCGCUCCACCAUCGAAGGCCUUCUGAAUUCCGAUCUUCUUUCGAAUGAGAAGCGAGAAGCGCUCAGGGACUUCCUCGAUGUGAUACUCGCCGAAUUGUGCGACAUUCUCAACGUACGCAUGGCAUCUCUCGAUCGCUGGUCUUGGGGACCGCAUGUUCUACUAGAGCAGCGAAGGAAGAUCAACGGCGACUUCUCUAUCCACUUCGAUCCGGACCUUCUUCAGGCGAUCUUCCUCCAUUACGUCGGUGUAAAAUGGUCUGUCUUCUUCAAGUCCGCAUUCUUGGCCAUGCACAAGCACCAAGCCUGGCCGAGAAACUCCACAGAGGUCCCGAAAGUUGACCGUUUACGCCGAUCGUACUUCCUGGGCGACAAAGGCACGGACACUAAGUCCAGUGUCGAGAAGAAGCGGAUGAGCACACACCACAACCGAUAUUUCGCUUACCAGCUACUGGACUAUGAUACACAGCAAGUCGAGGCACAAGAUGGUGAAGAGGAAGCCGAGUAUGGGGACUACGUCGCCAAGAAGCGCAAACCCAACGUGCAACGGGAAAUGGCUGACAACCAAAUGCAAUACCAUUUCAACACAAUUCAACAACCGAGCGGAGGAAGUGUAAGCCAACUAUCCCAACUAGCCAGCACCCAGGGAGGGAGGACAAAGCAGACAGCAAGAAAGGCUACUAGCUCUAGCUCGGCUAGAGCCGCUGCGCCUAAUCAGCGUAACGGUGCCGGCUUGUUUGGAGGGAACGCCCAAGCGGAGGUAGACGAAGACGACAGAGAUCGCGACGCGUGCGACUGGGAAGAUGAGGUGCACAAAAGUCAGUCGAAGAAGCCUAUGGAAGCAAAGCAAGGCGUACUUCAUCUCUUGUCCACCGAAAUUGUUUUGAACACAAGACUGCAUGGAGGACUGACCUGCUUCUCUACGACUUUUGACUCGUGGAAUUCACUACUGCCACAUCAGACCAUUUAUACGGUUCUAGACUUUCUUGGCGUCUCGGAUAGGUGGAAGAAGUUCUUCGAGCGAUACCUUCAGGCACCUCUGAAGUUCAAUGAUGACCCAUCCGCUGAGCCGCGUUUACGCCGUCGAGGCAUGCCAGGCUCACACGCUCUUAGCGAUACUUUGGGGGAGGCAGUGCUAUUCUGCAUGGAUUACGCAGCCAACCAAGCCGCCAGCGGGCCCGAUCUAUACCGUCUUGGUGAUAACGCCUGGUUCUGGCACAGGGACUACAACACGUGUGCCAAAGCCUGGGCAAGUAUCGUCAAAUUCACAGAAGUAACGGGAACUAAGCUUGACCACAAGAAGACAGGCAGUGUUCGCAUCUCACGCGACUCCGAUGCUGAGAUUGACGAUCGGCUCCCGGAAGGUGAGAUUCGAUGGGGAUUUCUGCAGCUUGACCCAAAGAGUGGCCAGUUCAAGAUCGAUCAGAAGAUGGUCGAUGGUCAUGUGGAAGAGCUACGCACGCAACUGCAAGGAAAGCUGAAGAGCGUCAUCGACUAUAUUCAGGUCUGGAACUCGUAUGCGGCUACGUUCUUCAGUUCCAAUUUCGGGACCGCUUCCAACUGCUUCGGCCGCGAACAUGUCGACAUGAUGCUUGCGACCCAUCGCCAUAUCCAGGAUAGCAUUUUCCCUGAUGGCAGCAUCGUACAACAUCUCAAGACAAUCAUCAAAGAGCGCUUCUCUGUUGAAGAUGUGCCAGACGGGUUUCUCUUUUUCCCGGUCGAGCUUGGGGGUCUUGAUCUGAAGUCCCCAUUUGUUGGACCCUUACAAAUCCGAGACUCGGUCAAAGAGAACCCGUACGAUCUGUUGGAUGAAUACGAAGAGAACUUGCACAAUGAUUAUGUCAACAUCAAGCGCGCCUUUGAUAAGGGCACCCGGCAUAAUGUGCGCCGCGGUUUCCAGGACGCGAACUGGCAGCCUGAAGACCCCAACACAUUCCUGCCCUUUGAGGAGUUCACCAAGUACCCCGAGACGUUUUCUGCCGUUGGUAAAGCAGGUUUGACGGAGAUUUACAAGGAGCUACUCGAGCGCCCGAAAGAAAAGCCCAUCGACGACAGUGAACAGGUCCUGCAAGCGCUGGAGCAACUCGAGGGCCAGAGCAACUUACUUGGCAUCACCGCAGACUGGUAUACUAUGGAUGCGUACUGGAAGUGGAUCGCACAAAUGUACGGCCCGGACAUGAUUGGUAAGUUCGGUGGCCUCAAUGUAGUUGACUUCGGACUGCUGCCCAUCGGUAUGGUAUCAAUGUUCCGCCAGAGGCGUACAAAGUGGCAGGGUUGA